AGGAUUGCAAUAGGUAGAGGUAGUGGAGGAACGUUCUCUCGCCGCUUUCCUUCAGACACAAGCCAUCCGCGCUCACAAACAACACACUGAUUAAGUGUAACUUAAUUAUAUAACUUAAGUGCUAAGUGAAGUGUUGUUUUUUAUUUUGAUAAUAUAAAAAAUCAAAAUGAAAAUCGCAAUAGCACUCUUGCUAAGCUGUACUUACCUAGUCAGCUGCUUCCCGCCGCCGCACCCUGCAGUGGUCCAGGUUCGACUGGAGGAGGAACUGCUACCAGAAGAACUGCGGAGUCCAGCGCUGCGUAAUCCACACCUUCAGGAGAUAUUACCCCUGACCAGCGUUCUGCAUGAAGGAGAAAAACCAGUAUUCCAACGCGAAGCUGAUGGAGUAUCGCGUAGAGAGAUAUACAACAUCCUGACGCAUGCCGGCUUCAUCCCGCGGCAAGCCGGUUUACCACCGCCGACCUACCACCGCCCGCGUCACCACAAAACAUCUCAACCACAAAUUAACAGUCCACAAAAUUACGAUAUACCUCUAUCUAAUACCGAUUUAUUACAGUAUCUAUAAAUUAAUUUAAGUAUUGUAAUUGUAACCAAAUAUUCAUAAGUAUUUAGAUUGUAAUGUUAAAUACGUGAAAACAAAUGUUAUAUUAAACAAAGAUUUGUUGUGACAGUAAAAAAAAAUUAAAUGAUGAUUGUAAAUAUAUUUCCGGAAAAGUUAUUUUUAAAACAAAACACAAUAUAAAAAAUCGUAAGUACCUAUUAUAAUUAUCAUUAAGAUGGUAUUUUGUUAAAAUAUUUGUACAAAUAUAGAAUAAAAUAAAAAAAAAUGUCGUGUCAACA